CGUACAAUCCUCGCAGUUUCAUUCUUCCAGCGCAGUCAGACGCGCAUUUGCAUUUUUCGUUUGACCGGUACUUCGUAGACACCGGCUCUGCAACGGAAGAUCCGCAACCAACAACCCCUCGGGGAGAGAGAGAGAGGGGCCCUUGUCCAUGGGACGACUGCCUGCUCACAUCCCCCGCGCUGUUGUCCAAGGACUCGUCUUCCGGACCAAAGCCGGCAGGCUACACACCCCGGAUAGGCAUCCGUUCUUCCCUCUUUUAUUUCCUUUUCUUUUCAUUUUCUUUACAUUUUUCACUCACCCCCCUCUCUCUCUCUUCGUUUCCACUCUCGCUUCAUCGUUGGCCUUUUGGUUUGGUUUAAAACCGGGUUUUUGUUUGUGAACAGUGGAGGGAGCGACUCCGUGGAAGGGAACAAUUGGACAAACCUAACGAAGGGCCCGCUGAUACCUAACCAACGAAACAGCUGCCCGCUGGCUCUCGACACAGCAUGGCGGUCGAAAGUAAAAGGCGACCUGCGCCGCCGUUGCCUGCGCCCACCGAAACUAAUUCGACGGUGCUAAGCGGCGCUCCGAGCGACCUUGCUCCCAGCGACACCGGAACCGAUGCAUCGAACAAACCUGGAGACGAGAAAUCGACCUACUCACUUCCCGACGACGGCACGCCCGUCACCAUCAGGGCAGGACAUCGGCAGAGCAGAUCGCAGACUUCACUGCUGAUCGAAUACUUCGAAGGCGGCAGGGGAAGCACGACAUCUGGCGCGAGCGAGCACCGGAAACCGAGCAUCCGCGUCCGUGUACGACCGAGCAGCAAACAUCGGUCAAAGAGCGGAGGGGAGCGGGAUCGCAUCAAGAUCACACAUACCAAGUCGAGAAAGUUGAGCCCAAGUCGCCGAUCUGGCCCGACUCGCAGCGAAGUGGAAGGUCUGUCGACACUCACCGGCGACAUGGAGGACGCCAGCUCAUACGCCUCGGCGACCGAGGAGAGCACCGUCAGCCGCAACCCGAUCGACAUUGAGAUCGACCGAGGCAGCAACGUCCGCCGUCGUCGCCCCGCGAGCCCGCUGAUUCCGGCCGCAGAUAGCAAGGCCAGCUAUCACCCCCCCACCAUGAGUGAAAUCUCAGCCAUCCCGACCGACAGCUUCCUUGACGGGUCCGGGCCUGCCACGUCUUUUGGCAUGUCCGAGGCCAAGAGCACCAGGAGUAGGAGCCCCUCACGGACCGGCGACUAUCUCGCUGGUGCUGCUGCAGGGUUGAGUGUCGCUGCUGCCGCCGACAAGCUUCGGAACAAGAGCCGCGAAGACCGCGAACGAGAUAGAGCGGUCAGCUCUCGGAGCCGGGACAAGGACGGAGAGCGCAAGCACAGAUCUAGCAAGAGCCGAACGAGCAGCGUGACCAAGGACGAAAAGUAUGCCGAGCGUGCGAAGUCGCCGCGCAGGAGAUCCAAGGGACAUUCCGACUCUCUCGUUUCGGGCGCCGACUCCACCGUGCUCUCCUCUGCCGUUGGCCCGGGUCAUAGGUCCAUGGACCAGCAAUCCGUCCGGUCCGGGACCUCCAAGGCUUCGUCCAUCAACAACCCUAAGCUGCUCGAGACGGUUGAGGACGCCAUCCGCCGCCUCAUCCUUCCAGAACUCAACGCUCUGAAGAGGGAACAGAGCCGGCGCGGCGCCCGCCGGGAUUCAACCACGUCCAGCACGACCACGGCCUCUCGGGAUGAGCUUGCUAGCGACAGGCGACGGUCUGGAGCCGCCGACAAGCACGCCGCCAGCCAGCGCGACAGCAUAAGGAGCAAAGAGAGCCGAGACCGCGAGGCCCGCAACGACUUCGACGACAGCAGCGCCCUCAGCCACGACUCGAUCGAGGACGACCACGACCUGGACAACACUCCGGGCCGCAGCACAGAUCGCCUGAGAUCCGCCGCCGUUGCCGGCGCUGCCGUGGGCGCGGCCGCCAUUGCUGCUCACGAGGUGCUCCAAUCGCCCUCUGACGACAAACAGCGAUCCAGGCGGCGGCGUAGGGCCGAGAUGCGGACUCGCGGAUCCGAUCAUGCUCUCGACGACGAAGAGUCUGACCUUGGACCCCCAGUGCCCCCCAUGCCCUUGAUGAGCGACGUGAAUGCCUCCGACGUUACGAGAGCAUCCAUCCAGUCUGCCGAGACGGACCGGCCGCAUUCUGCCAGCGAAGAGCUCGCCCCCGGCCGUGGCCUUGGACACGACGAGCCGUCACCAGCAUCCACUCCGACCCCUACCGGGACGCCAGUCAACCUCCAAGCGCUGGGGACUCAGCACGCUAAUGUUUCUCACGGAGACCUCAAAACAUUACCUCAGCAACGCACCGGGCAGUGGGACGAAUACGUCAUCGACGAUAACGGUAGGAAGGUGCCAUCACGUGCCGCGAGGCGCUACCGGGGUGGAGAGGAAGAGGAGGAGGAGGAGGGAUAUGACCAUCCCGGCUCUACCCCAGCGUAUGCUCCCGAUAGCCCGUACGAUUACUACAGCACCCAGGAUGUCCCCCCUCCGCUCAAGUACGUCCCGUACCAGCCGGAGCGGCGCGGCCUCAGCCCGAUCCCUAGCGUUUCUGGAUAUACCGAGGGCGGCAGUGAGGCUCCCAACCGCGAGUCGCGCGCUUCACACCGCACUGCCGAUUCUGUCUCUUCCACCGGCGGAUCCCCUCGGCAAGGUGGGAACCGUGGGGUCAUCGACGAUGGACGGAGUGUCAGGAGCUCCGGUAUCAACCAGGACAACGUCACAAGCCUGGCAGGAAGCGAGCUGGACCGUGUUGCAUCUGGCGAGGGUGUUCGUGCCGUGGGCCUGAACCCUGACUUUGUCCAUCCUCCCGGGAUUGAGUCGAACGUGGCAUCUUUGGUCGACGGCUCGAUGCUUGAUGGUUCCGCUCUCACAGGCUCCUCCAGUGCCGUCGGUAACCAUGCGUAUAACGGGCGUGCAUCGGUGGCCAUUUUGGACGAGGGAAUCGCCCGCGAAUCUGGCGCCCCGACCAAGCGGUCCGUUGCCAGCCAACGCGAUUACGCGGAUGAUCGAGCAAGCACUCCCGCAUCCGGGAGCAGCCGGUCUCGCGAGUUCGUCGAGUACGAUCUCGACGAGUAUGGUAGGAAGGUGCCUCGGACGACCUACCGACAGUCGCCGACCGUUUCGGAGGCCGCAAUCACCAGCGCGGCGGUCGGUGCCGCUGCCGCCGUCCUCCGGGCGCAACAUGCCAAGGGCCAGCAGCAGGUCAUCUCGGAUGAUGAGGCCGAGUUCCAAGGGGAGGGUGUCCAGCGGAACAAAUCCUUCAAGGAGCGCACAGAGAACGGACCACGUCCGGGCAUCGACACAGCCAGCGCUGAACAACUGGUCAACAGUGACGAGAAGCCUAAGCUGGGUUUCAACAGCAUGCCUGACCCGAACGAUCCAAUGCCGGAUGGGGACUGGAAUGACGAUGACCUGCUCACCAAUCCAUCCCUUCUCAAUGGUAAGGGAGGCCGCGAAGAGGAGGAGGAGGAGGAGGAGGAGGAGGAGGAGGAAAGGGAUCGCUGGGCUGAAAACGCCACACCGCGGCAACAACCGCAACAGCCUGCAGGUGAGGUCGAGUAUCAGGAUCUGGACGGGGCUCACGCUUCAACCGCGUUACCCCAGCAGCGAAGCGGGCAUGAUUUGGGCAUGGCCGCCGCGGCUGCCGCCGCAGGUGCGGCUUCCGGUAUGGCGGCCGCGCAAAACCACAGCCGCCAGCCGAGCCAGGAGCAUGAUGAGUGGUACAGGACUUCUGAAGAUAAGAAGCGCGACACCCUCGUCACUAAUCCGUACGAGGGAUCCAGCCCGGUCGCCAACAUCCCCGGACUGAAUAACACUUUGCUCCCGGGCUUCGACAAUUCUGGCUUCGGUGACCUGUACGGUACUCGUAGCCCAGUCGGACACAAGGUGGACGAGGGCUACAUCUCGCAGGGCCCUAACAAGACGCCGGACUUCCAGGGCGCCAAGGGGAAUGGUAUGGACUUUAACACCGCGCCAGGCGCUGGCGGCCUGGGAGCUGCAGACCCGUUUUACGGCACGCCGGGUCACGCCCGGCAUUUCAGCGGCAUGUCGCAGGGCAUGGGCUCCCCAAUGUACGAUGCCGCGACGGGGACGGGCAUUGAGAGGAUUGAGUCGAAAGAUAUCAUUGCCCUUAUGCAACACUUGAUGGUCCGCGAUGCCCAGCGCAGUGCGCGCGACACCGAGAUCCUAGUGACUCUCGUCCGUGCCGCGACGGAAAUGCGUAAUAACUUUGAAGACCUUAAGCGGCUACUCGCUGAUACCGAGGAUGUUAUCAUUACCGAGGUCAAGGAGAAUACGGAAAAGACUGUUCAGCGCGCCAUCAAUGGCCCCCGUCCCUACCCCGGCAGCGCCCCGCGCUCGAUCCAGGGCGGCUCACAAGCAGGCACUAUCAACGGCGACGACAUCAACACGAAGAGGAGGAGCAUCUUCCGGCGUGCGCUGAAGGGUUUGACCGCCAAGGGGGCGAACGACCUGAGCAGAAUCGAGGACAUGCUCAUGCAGCUCCUGUCCGAGGUCGACGUUCUCAAGGCGCAAACUGCGCCUGCCCACGGAAGCCAGAGCAACCACGGCGAGCCGUCCUACGACCACAUGGAGCCCGAAGUCCAGAGCGAGCAAGACCACGGUUACGAACCGGAGGGCAUGGCCGGCACCUCGACGGCGAGCCACGCAUCCCAGUCCGGAUACCUCUCCAUCCAGUCGCGCGGGACGUCGGCGAAACCCGGGAACGACCGCAAGGUCUCGGCGCACAGGAUAAGCACCGUACCCGAAGCCAACGAGGAAGAUUACGACCACGGGCGGAGGAAUGACGAUCGCCGCUUGAUGACACCUACCCAAGAGCAGCGCGGAAACGCAAUGCCGUUAGCGACGCCCCCUGGCGCUGCGGCCCAAGCACAGCACUCGCAGAGCAACGAAAACACCCCUCAGACGGAGGAGAGUGGCAAGAAGAAGUCAAGGUCGAGCUGGUUCCGCAUCCCGAGGAUCUCGCGGUGGUCAGAGACGACAGCGUCGAGCGGUGCGGCAGAGUCUCGCCACAGCAAGCAGUCCAGCAAGGAUGAGAGCGCCCACUUUCCCACCGGACAGUCGCGCUCCGGGUCUCUGGACCAUUACCAGGACAACUACCAGUUCUCCUCGCCCCAGGGGUUCCAAUCCGACAAGCUCCACACCGGGUUCUCCGAGACGGACCUGCCCCACGGUUAUCACGAGGACCAUGGCGAGCAAACGUACGGGCAGAUGCGGCCGCCUUCGCAGCCCGAUCCGAACUGGGUCAGCAUGAACAUGACGCCCGAGGACCCCCAGGUGAAGGCGCACCGCGACUCGCUGAACCUGAUGCACCCGCAACCGCGCCAAGGCCAAACUGAGCGCUUCAAGGCCGUGCUAGAGUCCCAGGCGCUGGGCUACGACGACUCGCCCCUCAGUCCCAGAUCCGCAGACUGGGCCGGGUCCGCCACCAGCCUGGACCGGUUCGGCCAAGCCCAGCACCAGCACAACGACAGCUACGGCUCGGCCGACGAGCAGCACUACCACCAAUCCCAUCAACACUGGGCAUCGUCUCCGUCGGCGGCCGCCAACAUGACGGCCACAUCCAGCGGCGUCCCACCUCCGCGCCCGCCCAAAGAGGCACUUGACGCUGCUACCAACAACAAUAACGGCCACCACCCGCCGCCCAGCCCCGGCCUGACCCGCAGCGCCGCGGCGACGCCGCCGCAGAACAAGCGCAUCAGCAAGCUGCAGAGAAAUAAUGGCAGCCCGCUGCCGCACCACAGCGUCGAGAGCGGGUACGGCACCAUGACCCACGGCGUGCCGACGGCGAGCUACAUCAGCAGUCGGGAAGGGGCCGGCAGUCCCAGGCUCGAGAAUCGGAACCUAAGCGUUGCUCAGGCCGGCGUCAGUCGGCGGCCGAGUGGACCGCGGCCGAUGACGCCCAGUGGAUCCGGAGCAUCACGGGUUAGAGAGGCGAGUGGGUUGGCUAUGGAGUUGGGAAUGGAGGACGAUCGGAGGAGAGACACCUUCGGCUCGCAGGACACCGAGACCUUCUAAGGAAGAGUCGAUCUAUUGACUUAUAGACCGCCCUCAAGCAAAUAUUUCAUAAUUCAUGAAUGAUAUUUAGUCGCGGCGGUUCGGAGCGGGCUGCCGGUUCAGCCUAACACUGACACUGAUCGCAACGAGGAAUGUAGCAGUCAUGCAUCGCAAACCGAGCAAGAUUGAGAUGGAUCGG